AUGGGGCGAAAUGAAGGCGACGGCACCGGGACGGUUCUGUUGGUGGCGGAGGUGGCCCAGAGGAACGCGCAAUUUGUGAAUGCUCGCUACCAAUAUCCUUCCUCUUCGGUCAAUGACUAUCACAACAGGAUGGUUAGAAAGGUGAUUGAGAUCCCAAAUUGUUCGGAUAACUUCAACAAGAAGGAAGAAACCGUCAGACUAAAAGGGAUUUGGAGACCAAUAUUCGGAAACCCCCAAACGGUACUGACCGGCAUAUUUCAGAGUCCAUAUCCAGCAUUCGAGAUGGAAGAACCUCUGAAGAAUCUCACCAUUCAUGCUAGCGAAACCUUAAGAAACAACUCCAAUCGACGAUGGCCUUUAAACCCGAAUCAGGAAUUCUUAAAGAAGUCAAUAAGAAGGAUUACAACAUAUUUGUUUGCAGUAUAUGUUGCACCUAUAGUAGCAGUUCGUCAAGUUAAGGACAGUGUCGAGUCGUUAAUUGGUCAUACCAAAAAUAAAAUCCAGGGACUGUUGAGUAAAAAAGGCAAAGAAAAUGUAAACAUAAAAGUAAAAAUCACAGCAAACGGAAAACCGGCAGCUAAAUACAGUUGUUGGGACUUUAUUAAUCUGGAAAACAAUGUUGUUCUACAAGUAAACGAACAGAUUUACGAUGUAACGUUAAAUGCACCUUUCGUACAAUCUGUUUUACUGCCAAAAGUACUUUUUAUAGAAAAUGAUAUAGUUCCAAUUAAUUUGAAAGUAAUUCAUGCAGUUGACCACAUGUGUAAAUAUCAAUGGCAUAAAUCUAAAGAUAAGAUAAACUGGGAAGUUGUGGGAAACGAAUUUAGGUAUAAGCCCAAGCCAGAUGAUUUAGACUAUUUUUUGAGGCUUACAAUAUAUCCUAUCAAUAGACAAACUGAAGGUCCAAUAUUUCAAAUUAUCAGUGAAAAUGAAAUAAAACAACUUUAUUUGCCAAUAGGAUGUCCUUUCGAAGAAAGUCACAGAUUGACACACUCAAAAUUACAAGGCACAAGUUUUAGAGUUGUAUGUUAUAACAUCCUUUCAGAAAGGUACACAGACGAUGGAUUUACAUAUUGUCCUGAAGAAUAUUUAACAAUAGAUUAUAGAAAACAUUUGUUAUUAAAUGAACUAAGAGGAUACAAUGCUGAUAUAAUGUGCUUACAAGAAGUGGAUUUAAAAUUACUUCAACCAUUUCUUGGAAGACAUUUAGUAGAAAGUGGUUAUGUAGGUGUAUAUCACAGAAAGGGAAAUAGACUUUCUGAAGGAUUAGCAACCAUAUAUAGGGAAGAUCGAUUUACAAUUAUUGAAUCAAAGCAUUAUGUUUUGUCAAUGGAAAUAAAAAGAAACCCAUUAUGUAAAAGCAUGUGGCAACUUCUUCUGGCCAAUAAUGAGGCAAAAGAAAACUUUCUGAAGCAAGCAACCUCAUGUCAAAUAACGGUAUUUCAAGAAAACUUUAACAAGCAGAUGUGUUUGGUCCUCAAUACACAUUUAUUUUAUCGCCCAACAGAUAAUCACAUUAGGCUCAUUCAAAUAGGAGUAAUAAUGAAACUGAUAGAGAAAUCGUACACGGAUUUAGAAAAAAGGAUUAAAAAGCCUCCUCUACUCAUAUUAUGUGGCGAUUUCAACAGCAAACCACCAUCUGGUGUUUAUGAAUUUAUGACAAAAGGGUGCAUAAAUGCAAAUCAUCCUGAUUGGAAACCAACUGGUAAAAAAAGGGUUAAAGGAUUUUCGUUAAAACAUCAGUUCCAGUUAGAAAGUGCUUAUGGGACACCAAAAUUCACAAAUUAUGUAGGUGAUUUUCAAGGUUGUUUAGACUAUAUAUUUUAUGACAAAUGUCGCAUGAAUAAAAUUCAAGUAGUACCAUUACCAGCAGAAGAUAUUUUAAAAGAAAAUGUGGCCUUACCAAGUCAAGUCUUUCCUUCCGAUCAUUUGGCACUAGUUGUUGACUUGACAUGGAGUAUUUAAAUAAAAUAAUGACGGUGUCCUUUUUUUAUACCAAACAAAAUUGAUUGAAGAUUUUUUUACUUAUGGCUAUUUUAUUUUUCACAUGUAUAAACAUUAAUUGUUAUUUAAUAUAAAUAGUUUUAUAACAUCAGACUUAUAAUUACAUGGAUAAUUAUAAAAAGUUAAUAAACUAACUUUAACAUU